UCUCGACGUUGCUAGAAGAAGUGCAAGAGGUGAAAGAAUAGUAGACGAAGAUCAAGUCCUUGCUCAACAGGAUGCCAAGUUGCAGGGGCAGAAGAGCAAAGAGGCGGAAUCUGUGGGGUGUCUGCAAAACAUAGCGGAGAAAAUGAAAACAUCGAGGCUGCAGGAGCUUUUGCUUGGGAGAGCAGAUCUCCAUGGGUCGCCGUCGUCCACCUCCUCUCCGCAGGACAGGGCACCGUAUUGCGUCG